AUGGCUUUUGGCAAUAUCCAAGAACCAGACGGGGAGAUCCUAAAGAACGUUUGGGCUAAUUUCAUCAGAAAACCAGAAACCGAUGAAAGAUCAGUCCAUCUUCCAACAGUUUCUAGAGCUUGGGAAGCAUUGCCUACCCUUGAUCACGUGCCAGAAGAAUCUAAACAUAGCCUUCCAAACCUAGAUAUGUCGAUGGAGGCCAAGGAAUGGUCAGAGAUUCUCGACGCGAUUGCUUCUGUCCCAAACGAAACCAAUCAUGACUCAUUAACCAACGCUCCCGCUACCUGUUCUUUAUCUUCUCGUGUUUCUUGCAAAACAAAGAAAUACAGGGGAGUAAGGAGGCGUCCGUGGGGGAAAUUCGCAGCAGAAAUCAGGGAUUCGACGAGAAAUGGUAUUAGGGUUUGGCUAGGGACGUUCCAGACUGCAGAAGAAGCAGCUAUGGCGUACGAUAAAGCCGCGGUUAGAAUCAGAGGAACUCAAAAGGCUCACACAAAUUUUCAACUCGAGACGGUUAUUAAAGCUAUGGAAAUGGAUUGCGUCCCAAGUUACUACCCGAGAAACCAUACGUCCCAACCGUUCAGAUUCAGCCGCGAACUUGGUCUGAGGACAGAAAAAGAGGCGAUUAGGGCUUCUAAUAAAGUGGUCGAUGGUAUAGUUGAAAACCAUUGUGCCCUUUGUUAUUGUUCAAGUAAAAAGAACUCGGAGCCUUUUACAUUGUUUGGGAGUGAAGAAAUUUGGUUAGGUUCAAGAAAGAGACAAAGAAGUGAUGAAGACUGUAUGUUUCAAGAAGUUCAGACUGAUAAGAUGAAGAACAUGGUUACUGGAGACGAGACAUUAUGUGAUGUGUUUGGUUUGUUUGAGUUGGAGGAUCUGGGAAGUGAUUAUCUGGAUACGUUAUUAUCUUCUUUUUGA